UUCCUCUGCUGAGCUUCAUAUGGAAAGGACAGUCUGUGUUCUGUAGCUCGAUCUGUACGAUGUAACUUUGGAUAUAAGGCAAUGUGUAUUAUUGCAUGGACCUACUUGCUUUUUUAAGUGGAACAUUCGGGAGCAGAUAUUGAUUUUCACACAGCAAAAUAGUAUCUUCAGCUUUUAAUAUUGGGCUCGUUUUGUGAGCAAAGAAAUAUUCAUAAGCGAAAGAGAGGUUAGGUGCUUCAUGCCAGACAACAAAUAUUAAAAGAGACAGUUGAGCUCUGCAUUACCAUAUCAGAGUAAAGUUCAUCGAUGGAAUUGUAUUUGAUUGAAAGAUGGGGAAUACUUCUAAACUAGCAACAUCAACUUGAACGGUGAUAAAUGACGACUGAAUUAAUUGCACUAUUUUGUGAUAGUCUUCUAGUCCAGAACAACCAACAUGACUAAUACUUUUUGUUGUCAAUUGCGAGUACUGACUUAGGGAUAACAAACUAAUUAUUGUCUGAAGAGUACUUACAUGUACAAUAUAUUUACUUUUGCUAGCUUGGAAUUUGUCUAAUUAAUAUCAAUUUUAUGGAUGAAAGUACUUGAUGCCAGUCAAUCUUGUUAAUCUUAUUAAUCUUGAUGUGUUAAUAUACAUUGUAUUACACAUGAAGAGGAGAUGAAGGAGUUUUGUCACAUGGUCCAUUCUCAGUUCUAAAUACUGGCGUGUAUCAUCUUGUUUGUGGCAUGUAUUCAGUGAUCAGACAGUAUCAUACUCUUACUGAUUUCUUUGGGAAAAGUGGUGCGUCAUACUAGACUGUAUGUAAGUGAACAGAUACUUAUUUUCAGCACACAUCGCAGACACCAGAAAACAUCUCGCACUUCAAAUAAAAUUACAAAUCGGUCCGAGGGAUAUUUCAUUAUGGCUACUGCUUCUUCUUCUGCUGGAGAGAGUGAGACAGAACCUGCAAACCAAACUCCGGAUAGCACUGACAUAGACCAACCCUCAGACUUAGACCAACCCUCUGAAGAAAGCAGUGGCAUGGAGCGCAAGAAUACAGCUCUGGGUCCAGGCAAGUUAAAGGAGCUUCUAGAGAGCAACUGGAGCAAACUGCUUGACCAUCUGGAGGUGGACCGCAUCAUACCAAGGUUCCAGGAUGCCCGUCACUUUGAUAUAACGGACAGGGAGAGAAUCACAAAUGCAUCCAAGUACCCUACAUCAGCAGACAGAGCUGGUAUUCUCCUGGACACGGUGUUACGAAGAGGUCCUAAGGCCAUAGAGCUCCUCUUCAAUCAAGUGGAAGAGCAUUAUCCAGACCUGUACAAGGAAAUAACCGGUAGAGAACCAAAAAUCACCAGAAGAAGAAUGCAGACAUAUUUAAAUCGCCAUAAAGAGAGAGGUCUUCCUCCUGGGAUAACCAUGAAUAUCCUCACACAGCUGACGGAGAUGGUAGGAGUUAAGGAGAAGCAAGAGGACGAGCUGAGGAUACGAAACAGAGAACUUGAAGCUCAGAGACUGGCCAUCAAGAAGCUGAAGCAGAGCAAGGAGAGGAUUCAGAUGAAGAAUAAAGCACUCCUUUCAAAGAAUGAAGAAAGAGAUAAGCUGCAAACAGAACUAACCCAGAGAACCACAAUGCUCAAGGAUGUCCAGAAUAAACUUUUGAAAUUCCAGAGAGAGGCAGAUAAAGCAAAACAUCAUGCAAGAAUGGCAACCUUCAAGAACUUCCAUUUGGAGUAUGAACUGAGAGAGAUGCACAACAGGAUGAACCUUCAGCGACGUCAAACCCGCAACCUUCAGAGGUCCGUCAAGAAACAUGAGGAAUGGUUGUGUGAACACGACAUCAGCUAUACCUUCGAUCCUAGGAAAGUGGAGGAGCUUCAGCGUGAACUGGAAAAGAUUGACGACUACCGACGGUCAGUUGCAAUCAGCGAUGAAGUGUGUGAGAUAUCCGAAAGAGUCCAGAGCCAACUGGCCAAAGCAAGAGACACAAAUCAGAGUCUGAACUUGAAAGUCCAGAAAAUACAAGAAAGAAAUGAUGGGCUGAAAGGAGAGAUUGAUCUGCUGAAGAAGGAACGAAAAAUGAUGAAAGAUACGAUGAGGAUGAAUCGGCUUCAUCUGGAGAUGUCUCAGCAAGAGCUUGAGAUCGUUAGCCGAGAGAGAGCAAAGCUGAAUCAAGCAUACGAGGAGGUGUUGAAAGACAUGUCCCAAUCCUUCCUGACCACCACGUCUCUACAAGACAGGCUCAACAGCCUUCGACUGGACUAUGCUGACCUGUCAGAGAGGAUAAUGAAUGCUGAUGAUGGGUCAGUAGAUACCUCAGGAAUAUAUCCUCAUGGUGAUGCAGAUGAUGACCUGGUUGAUGAUGAUGGUACUGCAGCUGAUGCGGAAGAUGAUUCCGAGAGUGGAUGGGAUGAUGCUUAUCAAAUAGGAGAGUCGAUUGUCCCAAUGCCGAGGGAGAGACUGAAGCGAUUGGAGUCGACUCACAGCAAUCCAGGGCUCGGCAAGAGUGAGCAGUUGAAAGCGUUGUCAGAGUCCUUCGAUAAGGGCGAGUUGUCUUACUCUCCUCCCUGCACCAUGACGAGCAGUUCCUCAACGACCACGACAGGAGAUGAGGCUGCCAUCGCCUCUCUGGACAUUGGUAGGAUCUCUGGAUUCCCCAACUAUAGUUUCCGAGGUAGCAGCGAUGAGGGUGAUGACGGCGAUUAUGAAGAUAUACCGCACAGGUCAGAAGAUGACUUUGGAAUGAUGGAUCCUCAGCCGAUAUCAGUGCGCUCCAGGCCAGGGACUCGCCAUCAUCUUGGUCAUGAUCGUCGUCGAUCUCGAUCUCUGAGUCGUCUAGAAGACUAUGAGAACUUGGAGUUCUUAAAAAACCCUGGCUGUUACAGGUAUGCCCAACUAGGCGUUAAGGACUCCCCACAAUGCAAAGCUCUUCCAAGGAAGAAUACAGUCAAAGGUCAAAGGUUAAAGGACCAUGUCGCAUCUUGGAUCCUUGCCUCUGACUCCAGAACGCCUGUUCCAAAACUAAGGGUUCCUCCCAUGCAGGCCCCAGAGAAAGGCAUGCAGGAAUGCAUACAACCUUCUGAGCAAUGGUUAGGCCCACCGAUGGAACCUGUCAAACCAGAAGAGUCGCGCAGUAAACGCAUCAAAAGUGUCUCAGGGAUUUUUGUUAUAAACAGGGGAUCAUAUCGAUUAGGGGUCCAUAGAAAAAAAGGCCAAAAGGUGUCUAAAAAUAAAGAAAAGACAGGAUAAUGUCAGAAGAUGUACGUACAUGUAGCUCUCAUUGUAUAGAAAACCAUAGUGCAAUAAAAAUGUACAUAUGAAUGUUUUCAAAUAUUUGAUAUUAUUUAAACAUAUUUGUGGCUUACACCCAGUAAGUAAGAUCGAUUGAUCGAUCUGUAUUGAAAAACAAGUUAGAAAAAAUCUUGGAACCAGCGGGACUUAAAGCUGCAUCUACUGCUUGCUGGGCAGCGACUCCAUCACCAUUUGAUAUGAUUGAAAAUUCCUUUCCGGCUGUGAAAUUGUGUCACGAAUAUGGCACAUAUUUUUUUAAUGAUGUUCUAAAAUUUUGGAAGAUCAUUUUUUCAGCAUUGCAUUUGAUAAGGAGGCUAUUGGAUUAUUGUUGAUAGAUGAUUUGUCCGGUUCUUAUUUGCUAAUUAAUCUUGGUGACUAAGUCUACUUUUCCUCUUAAAAAUCAGAAAAAGAUUGCAGAAAAUCCCUUUAACGUGUUAGAAUCUGCUUGUAAGUGUCGGCUUGCAUGGUGAUGUAGAUAUACAGUAGGCUUGCGGGUGCAAGUUCUCCUUAGAACUAUAAGCUAAGAAAGAUAACAAACAGUCCUUUUUAGGACUACACACCCCAAAGAAAGAUUACCGAGUCAAAGAGUCCUUUUAGUCCAGGCAUAAUUUGAUUUUCCUCAACCCUCUCUCUCUCUCUCACAUGGUGCACCUGCAAGCCUACUGUAUGUGUUAGAAUUUUUUUCAAUGGCAUCCUAAAGAAAAAAGGAAUGUAUUUGGAUUUAAGGAAUCUUUUAUAUUUGUUAACAUCUCAGGAAUGAAUAUUUAUUCAUGAAGAGUUUGCUUUUCAGAACUCUGCUCGAGUUCCAUUUCUAAAUCUUCCAUUUGAACAAUCACUUGGGAGAGAGGGAUAGAUAGACAUGUGAUUAGCUUGUAAAAUGAACCCUAUAAGAAUACACCCUAGACCCUAACACACCCUUACACAAGAUCCUAUUAGUCCAUUGCACCUUCAAUCAUAGACCCCUAACCUGAUAAUGUGAUUUGUCAUUCAAAGGGGUGACUAAUCUUUCUUUUUUUAACUGAAAGAAUUU